AUGGCCACCGGUGAGCUAGCUUGCACUUACGCAGCUCUCCUCCUCCAUGACCAUGUCACCGCUGAGAAAGAUGUCAACAUUGGUGAAAACAGCCAAUUUGAACAUUGAAUCAUACUGGCCUAGUCUUCCGCCAGAACAAAAACAUGGAUGA